AUGAGCUACUACGGCAACUACUGCCAAGGCCUGGGCUACAGAUGCAGAGGCUUUGGUGGCCUGGGCCAUGGCUAUGGCUGUGGAUGUGGCAGCUUCUGCAGGCUGGGCUAUGGCUGUGGUUAUGGGGGAUACAGAUAUGGCUGCUACUGCCCAUCAUGCUAUGGAGGAUAUGGCUUUUCUGGCUUAUACUAA